GAACAGUUUAUACUCCAAUUAGAAGCUGAAGAACUACAGCAGCCAUGAUCAGGAUGGAAGUUGGGUGUGUGUUCAUGGGACUCUUCAUGUGUAUCUCAGGCGUGCUGGGACAAUCACUCAGAAUCUGUGCGUCAGAAGGUUCAACAGUCAAUCUCACCUGCACAACUGAAAAUAAAAAGGCAAAAAUGAGAUGGUACACUCUUAACAAACGUGGGCGAAAAAAACAGGAGAUCUUUGCAGAGGGACAUCAUGACAAAUACAACAUAUCUGGCGGCAAUCAUCCAACUCUAAUGAUCAACAAUGUGAGAGAAAGUGAUGAAGGAUAUUACUGCUGUGUACAGAAAGCUAAAGACUUUUUCAACUGCUGGAGUAACCGUAUUCUGCUCCAUGUUACAGUCCUGCAGGUAAAGGUGAUUCCUGCCACAGAGGGACAGAAGGUAACACUGAUGUGUAGCACCAGCUGUCCUCUGACUGAAAGCCCUUCAGCCUUCAUCUGGUACAAGAACGCAGAGUUCCUCUAUGAAGACUGGUCUCCCUGGUACCAACAGCUGGUCAGCAGUGACAAAGCAGUCAGAUACUCCUGUGCUGUCAAAGGCGACAAGGAUUUUAGAGCACCUGAAGUCUCUGUGGAUUCUGUGACAUCCACCUGCUUUAGUGUGACCUACGUGAAAGGGAAAACGUGUUCAUAUAAGCACACAUCAGUGGAUGAGCCCUGCUCCAUCACAUACCCCAGAGAAUUAAACAUUCAAAAGACUUCUAAAAAAAAUUCAACCAUGCUGAGCUGUGACACCAGCUGUCCUCUGAAUGAGUCUACAGUUUCCUACAGCUGGUACAGAGGUGGACAGGUGGACAUUACAUUUCGUACAGAACAAAGUGUUGCUUAUGACAGAUCCUGGGGUAAAGGAUUAACCUGUGCCAUCAAAGGCAAUGAGGAUUUGAUCUCAGCUGAAUUCUGUCUUUAUGAAAGAAACUGUUGGAGAGUGAACUAUGUCAGCAGGAGAAUCUGUGCACUUCAAGGCUCUUCAGUGAAUAUUACAAGUGAAUAUUUGCAUCCUUCCAAUCAGCGGCCCAAGUAUAAACAUUGGUAUAAAUUAAAGAAUGGUAGAGUGGAGGAUGCUGAGAUGAUGACUGAGGCUGUGGAUCGAGUCAAGUUCCAUGAUAACAUCAAGAACAGACACAUUCUUGAAAUGAAGAACCUGAAGAAGAAUGACUCAGCAGAAUACAGAUUCAGACUGCAACAAGAUGAUAAAGAAUGGAGAAUGUCUGACAUACCGGGAGUUAAGAUCAUAGUUACAGAUCUAAGGGUGACAUUCAGUCCAUCUGCAGAGGUGACAGAAGGUCAAAAAGUCACACUGACCUGCAGUACCAGCUGUCCUCUGACUGAUGAUGCAAACUACAUUUGGUACUGGAACAGACGACCUCUGACCCAGCCAGAGAACCAAAACAAACAUCUGACUGUAGACGCAGUCAGCAUACAACACGCAGGAAGCUACACCUGUGCUGUCAACAUCCUGAACAUCAGAUCCAAUGAGAAGACUCUCACUGUCCACAGGAAAAUGGGAACAUGGAUCCUAGCUGCAGCUGCAGGAGCCACGGCUGCUUUUCUGAUUGUAAUAGUUCUCAUUUUCAUCUUCUGGAUAAGGAGGAAGAAGUCUCUCAUCCAGAUUUCUCAGACUGAAACACCAUCCAACAUGGAACAGCAAAACUCUGCUCCACUGUAUGAGAACACACCAGCUCCAGCAGAAGAGCAGGAUGAUCUCCUCUACAGCAGAAUUUACUUCUCAAACAAACACCCAGAUCCUCUCUACUCCAACAUCCAGCCAAGUCAUCAUCAAGAACAGGAAGAUGUGCAGUACAGUACUGUCAAAUUCAGAUGA